ACGCUCUGUUCCGAAAUUAGGUCCAGUAAUAUUUGAUAGCUUGGACAAUACAGUUACCGAUAAAAGAGGCAACAUGUUCGUUUACAUUUCAAUUUUAGUUAUUUUGAUAUUUUAUUGGUGGGUUCGCGAAAGCUUUUGCUACUGGAAGAGAAGAAAAAUUCCGCAUCUCGAGCCAAGUUUUCCGCUAGGAAAUUUGGGCGAUUUGAAAAGAAAGCCAGUGUUUUUGAUUCUUACGGAAGUGUAUCACAAAUUACGGAAUACGGGUGCGAGAUUCGUCGGAGCAUACUUUUUCCUGCAACCGGUCGUCAUGAUUGUCGAUCUGGAUUUGGCCAAAGAUAUUAUGGUGAAGGAUUUCCAACACUUUCACGAUAGAGGAUUCUACGGGAAUGAAAAGGUGGAUCCACUCUUGGCUCAUCUUUUGGUACUGGAAGGUGAACGUUGGAAGCAUGUUAGAAGUAAACUUACGCCUGCGUUCACUUCCGGUAAGAUGAAACUGAUGUUCUUGACCAUGAUUUCUGUUGGACGUCGUUUGGAGAAUCAGAUGUUGAUUGAGGCAAAUCGUGACAAGGAUGUUGACAUGAAAGAUUUGCUGGCUCGUUUCACCACUGAUGUUAUUGGAAGCUGUGCUUUUGGCUUGGAGUGCAACAGUUUGCAAGAACCCAACGAUCUGUUCCGGGAAAUGGGACGGAAAGCUUUGGAGCCCAGCCUCAGCCGUAGUCUGAAGCGCACGUUUACAAACAGCUGUCGGGGGCUAGCUCACUUUCUGCGCAUCAAAAUGGAGGAUAAGGAAGUCGAUCGAUUCUUCAUGAAAACGGUGCGAGAGACAAUCGAUCAUCGAAAGAAAAAUGGCAUCCAUAGGGACGAUUUCCUUGAUAUUCUCAUUAAUAUGGAAGACGAUGGAUCGAAUCUUGGAGGGUGGAAGUUUCACGAAAUAGUAUCGCAGUGUUUCGCAUUUUUCAUAGCUGGAUUCGAAACUUCGUCGUCUGUAAUGACAUUGUGCCUGUAUGAGCUGGUCAAAAAUCAAGAAAUUCAACAGAAAGUCAGACAAAGCAUCAAUCAAGUGCUAGCAGCCCAUGGUUCAAUGACCUACGAAGCGGUUCAUGAGAUGAAAUAUUUAGAAAACUGUAUAAACGAAACGAUGCGUCGAUAUCCACCGGUGCCAUUGGCAGGACGUAUUGUCACCAAAGACUACCAGAUCCCAGAUACGAACGUUACACUCAAGAAAGGCACCCAAGUUUUCCACUCGAUCUACACGAUUCAUAACGAUCCACACUACUUUCCGGAACCGGAAAAAUUCGAUCCGGACCGUUUCGAAUCGGAAAGUAGAGCCUCCUGGCACCCGCUUCAGUUCAUCCCGUUCGGAGCUGGACCCCGGAAUUGUAUCGCUUUCCGGUUUGGGAUGAUGCAAACGCGAGUGGCUCUAGCGUGUCUGUUGAAGGACUUCCGAUUCACGACAUCCGAACAAACACCCCGAUCCGUCCGGUUUGAUCCCAAACACCGAUUGAUGGGAUUCAUUGGGAAGAUGCGGCUGAACGUUGAAAAGAUUUGAAUAAAUUAAAAAUUUGUGGCAUUGGGUUUUUUCCUAUUCU